CAAUUUUGUAAACAAUAUGGCGGCAUAAACAAAAAGCAGGUGCCCGUUUGGAUUGGAAAGAAUUAGUAUUUCUAAUAAUGGCUCUAGUUAAAGUUGACCAAAGUAUUUCAAAGCCAGGAUGGGUUUCUCAUUUUGGAAAGAAAGCCAAAGAUACAUACAAGCAUGAAGAUAUUCCAACUCCAACAAUUGAUUAUGAAAAGUUAAAAAUGUUAUGUGGAAUUGAAGGAUUGAAGGGAAGAGAGGACGAGAGGAGCUCUGAAGAAGCACACGAAACCUUUAUGACAAAUUACAAAGAAAUUUUUGCCAAACCACCAAGCAAAAGAAUUUUUCAUGCACAGUCCAAAAAAAGUGUAGAUAAGUUUUCAUCACAGAUGAGCAUUACCCACAAUGCAACAGGAAAGAAAACAGAUGAAUUAAAAGCUGCAAGAGACAAGAAGAACUAUCCAAUAGAUGAAAUAACACAUGACAUCAGGGAUUACCUCCCUUUGUUACACAAGGAAAGGAAAAGUGAACAUCCAGAGGCUGUCAGAGCAGACAAUUUAAAUACUCUCCGAAAACUUCUCAGGAAAUUACCAUUUGAAAGGACUGCCUCAGACAAUGACAAAAUAUUUUCAAUUUUCAAAACAUUUAGAUUUUUCGAUGACAAUGUUCCAGAUAAUAUUCUUAAGGAACUAUGUGUUGUAGCUUUAUUUGAGCAGUGGAAAGAUACAGAUUUUACAGUCUUUGGUAGAAAUGGUUUAUAUAUGGUGUUAAAAGGUUCAGUACGACCUUUGACAUAUCCUCAUUUAAAUACCCCAGACAACAUUGUAGAUUCUAGAUCACCAACCCCAAUACUGACAGAGGAAUCUAAAGACGUUUUACAACCAGGUGAUUUCUUUGGUACAUUAGAUAAAAUUGAAAGAAAACCUGGUUCAAGGAUUUUCAGUGUAGAAACUGUUGAGCCAAACUGUGAAUUCUUGAAAAUUUUAUCAACAGAUUAUACAAAAGUUAUAACACAAAUAGAUACUAGAAGUAAUGCUGAGAAGAAGAAUUUGUUAUUAACUUGUGGUAGAUUCCAAGGCUGGUCAGACCAGACCAUUGUCCAAGUGGCCAAAUUAAUUGAAUGGGUCUCAUUCCCUCCAAAUACAAUUUUAGUAAGUGAAGGUUAUAAAGCACCAUAUAUUGGUUUUAUUAAAUCUGGGGAGUGCCAUGUUUUACGUCAAGUGGAAGUCAUGAAAGGAAAGGCUGGUCACAAGGAGAAGAAAAUGAAGCAUGUAGUUAUGGGAAGACUAACAGUAUCACAAUCAUUUGGUGAAAUCAGUGUUUUAAAAGAUGAACCAAUUACCUGUUCUAUAGUUACUGCAACCAAUGUAUCAUUAGGGAUAAUAAAACCAGAGAGAAUACAAGAACUAGAUGAUGUUACCAUACAGUUAUUUACACAGUCAAAUGAACCUACAUUUAACAGUUUUAGUAAGGAUGAAAUUCAAGAUGAAUACAUGAAUCAAGAACUCAAACAACAGUGGAACGAGUUUAAACAUAGUGUUGUUGUAGAUGUUAUAAACUCUAAAGGAAUUAGACCUGGAUAUGGAAAAUGGGCAAAAUAUUAACAGAAACAUAUCACAUUGACCAUAAA